UCAGAUAUCACUUUAAAUAAAUAGGAACUGCUUAUUACCUGUACCUUUACAUUGGCACAAAACUCUACCUAACUCUACAUGAAGAGGGUACGAGAGCCGAAGGUCAAGAGGACUACCGAUGUGCGGACGCAAUUAUUGAGCAAUUCUAGAAGGGUUCUUUCCAGUUGCGAGCUACUUUUUAAUACAUAAUAGGGGGGUUGCGAGGCGGGGUGGCGGGCGCUACGCGCAUGCUCCAUUCAGGUGACGGCCCAGCCGGAGCCACCCUCGUCACUUUAGUCCAGUACACGUUGCGAAGCUCAAGGCGACGACUCGUGCUUUUAAAAAUAUUACCGCGCGAUAUAGGACCGCAACAUCCUAUACGUUUCCUAAAAAAUGAUCAAGCAAAAACCAGCUAGACCACGUCACCUAUUACGACCAUUUAAACAUCAAAUGUUCAUAUAAUUUAUAUAUUAACUAAUCAAUUAUUUGUGAUAGGUACCAAUGUUCCAGUUAAUUAUUUUCUAUAGCAUUUAAUGCCUGGACAUGCCAACCUAAAUAAUUAAAGUUGUCUAAAGACUUAUUUUUAAUCUAGAUUAUUGUUUGUUACGUUUGAUUAUCAGUUCUUUUUUGUAAAUAAGUUAUUUUAUAAUUUACUGGCGUAGGAGCUACAUCUCGUUUAGUUGAAUAGCCUUAAUAAUGUCGUCGGACAUGGAGCCGUACGCUUCGGAGCUGCUUUGGUUCGUCAUCGCCGGCUUCGUAGUGGCAUUCGUGCUGGCGUUCGGCAUCGGUGCCAACGACGUGGCCAACUCCUUCGGCACCAGCGUCGGCUCUAAAGUCCUCACACUGACACAAGCCUGUAUACUUGCCACCAUUUUCGAGAUAGCUGGAGCCGUACUUAUCGGAUACAAGGUGUCAGACACAAUGCGGAAAGGCAUCCUGGACGUGAGCCUGUACGAGGGCGGCGGCGAGCGGCUGCUGGCGGCGGGCUGCCUGGCCGCGCUGUUCGCGGGCGCGCUGUGGCUGCUGCUGGCCACGGCGCUGCGCCUGCCCGUCUCCGGCACGCACUCCAUCGUCGGCGCCACCGUCGGCUUCACUCUCACUGCCAAGGGGCCGGUUGGCGUCCGCUGGUCCACGCUAGGAGCCAUCGUACUAUCGUGGUUCAUCUCCCCGGCGUUGAGUGGCGCGGUGUCCGCGAUGCUCUUCUGGCUGGUGCGCCGUUUUAUACUGCGGGCAGCUGCACCUUUGAAAUCAGGUCUCCAGGCGUUGCCUUAUAUCUACGGAGCAACCGUCGCAGUCAACGUAAUCAGCGUCGUUCAUGAUGGACCUAAAUUGAUGGCGAUGGACAAAAUCCCAGUGUGGGCUGCACUGGCCGGCUCCACGGCCCUGGGUGCUAUAGCAGCGGGCUGCGUGCGAGCAUUUCUGGUUCCAUACUACAGACGUCAAUUGAGCAAACCGACUCCAGUAAAUUUUACACUAGGUGUAUCCAAUGAAACGACGCCAAUCAAUAGUCCGAGCCAUGGUAACAAAAACAUUGCAACACUACGUCCGACUUCUGUGCACUCGGAGGAGGGCAAAAUACUCGAAGCUAUAGCAGAGAGCGCCGAGAUGGUCAACCUGGAUAAUGAAGAGCAUGUAUCCGACGAAGUCAGGGAGAAGAACGCCAAAAACCGCGCCUUGUUAGCCACUAUGGACGACUGCAGCAUCCUGUCGCGCAGUUUGAGUCCACCCAACCGAUCCAACCUCAUGUUGAUGGAUGGAGAUUCUCAGAUAAACACUCUCAAAUACAUUGACGAGACAUUGAGCUACUGCAAAAGUUUGGAUUCCGAUCAGCUCGCUGGAAUGGGUGAAAGUUUUGGUUCUCGGAACGGGUUCUUAGGAGAUUCAUGCGAAACUAUUGCACGCGGUGAAUACGAUAGGUUUUCUGGCGCCCGAGCUCCGAUUGCGGCGGAAUCUGAUACUCCACCUCCGCGAACUGACAAAAGUCCAGAGCCGUCGGGUGCAUGGAGCGUGGAGCGCGACAGGGUGGUAGGGGCGGCUCGACUGCCGGCCAUCACGCCCAACUCCAGCGCGGCGCCACUGCUGCGCGGGGGCACGCCGCCGCCACCGCCGCCAGUACCGCAGCCUGAGCCCGAAGCGCUCAAGCUCUUCUCAUUUCUGCAAGUUUUGACAGCUACUUUCGGCGCGUUUGCUCACGGCGGCAAUGACGUCAGCAACGCGAUAGGGCCGCUAGUGGCGCUAUGGCUGCUGUACUCGGAAGGCGGCACGCACGCGCGCGCGGAGACGCCGCUGGCCAUCCUGGUGUUCGGCGGCGUGGGCAUCGCGCUGGGCCUGUGGCUCUGGGGCCGCCGUGUCAUCCAGACCGUGGGCGAGGACCUCACUAACAUCACUCCUGACACCGGUUUCACCAUCGAGCUGGGCGCGGCGCUGACGGUGCUGGUGGCAAGCAAGGCGGGCCUGCCCAUCUCCACCACGCACUGCAAGGUCGGCUCCGUUGUCUGCGUCGGCUACUUCUCCGACAAGGCCGUGGACUGGAGUCUCUUUAGGAACAUAAUCUUCGCGUGGGUGGUGACCGUCCCAGUGGUAGCAGGAAUUGCCGCUCUUACCAUGUUGGUUCUUGAAUCGUUUGCGGUCUAAUUAUUGAAUGUACUGUGGCUUAGUUUCCAUGAAUUAAUAUACAACUUAUAUGUGUUUAGAUAGUGAACAGAAUAUUUUAGAAGUAUUUUAUUCAGCUAGGAAAUGUGGGUUUCCAUAGGCAAACAAUUAUGUAAUUAAAUAAUAGAAGAAUGAAACACUGAGGCGAA